GAACGCCAAACGGUCUACAGUUUUCGUCUGUGUCACUUUGGAAACGGACGGCUGCGUUUAGGUGAGUUGUCGAACAACAGCUUGAGAUCAUGGCCGAACACUACUCCGGCGGUACCUCUGAACUGUACGAAUAUGAUGCCCCGUCCCAAGUAGUCGACCUUAAAGAACUGCAGAAUGCAGACAACGACGAUAAAUGGUUUGAACAACAGGCCAGUGCAGCCGAUGGUCACCUUAAGACACCUUCGAGACAUGACCGUACAAGAGGUGAUCUGCAGAACCUGCCGAGAGCCAUCGUAAACCCACAAGUCAAAACAGACGUGGACUCUGGUCCUAGCACGGCCACAGCUCCACCCCCAAACAUCGUCACGUCCUGGGGUUCUGGAACUCCAACUCGGACUGGUACGCGACCAAAAAGUAGGACUGCUAAUCAACCCCCUGCCCAACCAUGCAGGGUUUCUAAACGUAAAGAACUAACCAGCGGGCCUGCUGCACCACCAUCAAAGAAAUACAAAAAGAGCCCUGUUGUCCAACCAGCCAAAAGAAGCAGCCGUGUCCUCCGUAGGACAGGACAGCGUAAUUCCACGACUGCACCCACGACCCAGGCAGCAGCUCCCACUACUGCAAACACUGAGCCGUGUAGUUCUGAAGAACAGGAGCUGGAGCGCAUCAGGAACCUCCAGAAGGAAGUGGCUCUGCAUCGUAAGAAGAACGAGGCCAGCUACAAAGCUGCUCUGGCUGGCAAUCCACCACCAAAGAAGAUGGUCCUUUCGGCGACUGUGCCUAAGGAGUUCCAUUUCAACACAAACACCCGUCUUAAGGCAACCACUUCAUCUAACACAGCCCGCAAGGAAGUGGACUUUAUCGCUCAGCUCCGCAAACCGUGCUCACCAGCAAAGGCUGUGAAAGGUGCCACCGUGCCCAAACCCUUCAACCUGUCAAGAGGCAACAAAAGAAAGGUGGAGGAGCCGUCUCCCUACGUCCCCAUGGCUCAGCAGAUACAGCAGUUCCAGAAACGAACCCCUGACCGCUACCAUCUGCGCAGUCGCAGGAGUCAAGAGAGAGGGCCAUCCCCAGUGAAGGGUGACCACCUGAAGCUCACCCAGCCUCACACGCCACACCUGAUUACCCAGCAGAGGAGCCGGCCUCCCACUGUUAAGAGCAGUGCUGACUUGGAGGCUGAAGAGGUGGAGAAACUUCACAAGUUUAAAUUCAAGGCCCUGGAGCUGAACAGAAAGAUAUUGGAAGGUGCAGAGGGCAUAAAGAGGCCUACAGUGAAGGAACCCACAGUACCUGAAGGCUUUGAGCUGCAGAUUGAGAAAAGGCUGCAGGAGAGACAGGCCUCCAAGCCUCAGGAAGAUGAAGAGAAGCCGCACACCUUUAAAUCCCAGCCCCUACCCAAAAAGAUCCUGGAAGGGGUCGUGGGAUUGCCAGAGAGGAGAGUUCUGCCCGCAACUGUGCCAGAAUCUCCUGCUUUUGCCCUCAAGAAGAGGAUUCAGAGAGAGUCCAGGGUUGAGGAAGUUAAACAGCCGUCACCAAUCAAGCCCCCGCCAGUGCCUCACUUUGGCCUGCCCUUCCAGCCCCGGCUACCAGAGAACCACCACGUCGAGGUCUGUCCUUUCUCCUUUGAGGAGAGGGAACGAGAGAGGAGGGCACUGAAAGAAAAGAGGCUGGAGGGGAAGCGAAAUGAAGAGGUUCCACAGUUCAAGGCCCAGCCGUUGCCAGACUUCGACACCGUGGUCCUCCCCGAGAAGAAGAAGCUGGAGCUCACAAAGCCCGAGCCGUUUAGACUGCUCAUAGAUGAGCGGGGAGCUGUGAGGAACAGUCGCUGGGAACAGAUGGUGAAGGAAGAGCAGAAGCAGCUGGAGGAAGCGGCAACAUUCAAAGCGAGGCCCAACACGGUCACCCAUAAAGAGCCUUUCCAGCCCAGAAAGGAGAGCCGGGUUACAGUCGAAGGCAUUCACUCUUCCACAGGUGUGGAGGCCUUUGAGCUGUCGACGGAGCGGCGGGCCCGGGAGCGGCAGGAGUACGAGCGGCUGGCCAGCGAGAAGGAGGCUCUCAGGAUGUUAAUGGAGGAGGAGCAGAGACAAGAGGAGGAGAGGCGAGAGAAAGAGGAGAUCGCCAGGCUGCGGCAAGAACAGGUUCACAAGGCCCAACCCAUCAGGCACUACAAACCUGUGGCACUGAAGAAGAGUGAAGUUCCUCUCACUGUGCCCCACUCACCAAACUUCUCUGACCGCUUCCGCUUGUGAUCAGCUUGCUUUACUCCUCCCUGAAGUUGAGAAAUGAGCAGGGUUUUUUUGUUUUUGUUACUUUUUUUUGUUGUUGUUGUUGCCCCCCCCAGAUGCCCUUGAAAUGUUGCAUCUACCAGAUUAAGUCAGAAAACCGGCUGUAAAGUUGUGAAGAGUUGCAUUUGACAUGAUGUCGUUUUUUUCUGUCCAUUCAGUGUUGAAUUUUAGAUUUUAACCAUUGUAACCAUUUGUUGUAUAUUCUCUCUCCCUCUUCUUGCCAUAUUAACACCUUUCAAAUAAACGCUAUAAAAUAUUGCCAUGAUUAUGAACAUCUUAAAUUGAAAUUCGGACAGGACUAACCUGGUGGUAAAUAAGUACAUCACCUAACCAACAUCUAUAAACUUGGAAAACUCAAUGACGUGGCGCUGUGCUAAAUCCUGACUGCUGGUUUGUGUACAGAGACAUUCAAAGACAAGUCAAACAGCUCAUCAGUUUCUGGUGAAUUUGCCUUCUCUAGAAUCCAACCUUGCAUAUUCUCAAGCAAUUGCCCAGAGGUCCCAUACUCAGAGCAGAGAACGGUAGAAGUUUUUGAUUUUUUUUUAGUUAAUGAAUUUUUUUUUUUAAUAUUGUAUGCAACACUUAAGUGCAAACUCUUGUAAACACGUAUGGGCCUUAAAUAAACUGCUUGACGAUUGUAUAAUCUUGAGGCACUGUUUUGUGA